CUAGACGGGAGAAACGAGAGUUGCGCUACUUUUUAAUCCGUUGCAUCUGCCUAAAUGCACUUUCAUAAAGAAAAAUACUUUACAAAAGUCGAUGAAUCAGACUCUCAUCUUUACUUUGGUCUGAUUAUUUUUGUAAUUGUUGCGGCGGAUUAGCAGCCAUACGGGCUUGAAAGUACAGAGACAAGAAAGGGGUUACCCCGAAUACGCAAGAUGAGAAGAGGGAUCUCCUCGGCUCCGGACAAAGUGAUUUUAGCAGGGGUUGGGGGCUCUCCUCUGGACAAUAAUAUAAUUUUAACAGCUCUUUCGGAUCGUUUAAACCCCGGACAAUCCAACGCUACGUAUAUCCAAAUAAUAACCACCUCACCGCCUUGCAACGUUACACAGACAUCAAAUGUGUGUUUUUCCGAGCCUCAGAUAAACAACAUUUAUACAACUCCACAACAAGCUGCAGCAAACGGAGCAGGACAACGACCCGCUCUGGGAAGACCGCCGGCAAAAAGGCGACUGGCGCUCGAUGAUUCAGACCAUCAGUAUCAGUCAGAACCAGCCAAAACUCCGAGAGGCAGAGGGGCCGCAGUGACCAAUGGGGCACGGCUAAAGACACCCAGAACGCCCAAAUCUCCACCCGAGAAGACGCGGUACGACACCUCCCUGGGCCUGUUAACAAAGAAGUUUGUGGAUCUUCUUGCUCAGUCUUCUGAUGGCGUCUUGGACCUCAACCUCGCGGCUGAAACUUUGCAGGUACAGAAAAGGCGGCUGUAUGAUAUCACCAACGUACUAGAAGGCAUUCACCUCAUCAAGAAGAAAUCAAAGAACAACAUUCAGUGGAUGGGCUGCAGUCUGUUAGAAGUAGAGGGAGCUUUGAGCCAGAGACAAAGGCUGACAGCGGAAGUCUCUGCGCUGGGAGAAGAAGAGCAGAGACUUGAACAACUUAUCCAGCGAUGCAGCCUGGAUAUGAGACACAUGAGCGAGUUGCCAAGCAACCAGAAAUAUGCCUAUGUCACAUACCAAGACAUCAAACAGCUGGGCAAUCUCAGAGACCAGACCGUCAUUGUCGUCAAAGCUCCCACAGACACCAAACUAGAAGUACCAGACCCUGAUGAGAGUUUAUCCAUCCAUCUGACCAGCACCAAAGGUCCUAUCGAAGUCCUGCUGUGCCCAGAUGAGGAGAAUGACCCCAGGAGUCCUGUGAAAAAUAGCAACACGGACAUCAAUGGGAACUCUCCUUUCCUCAAAGUCAUUCAUGAUACCAGCUGCACGACCACUUCUCCCGCUUCCUCCCUGGUUCCUCCUUCCUCCUCUUCAGCUGUCUCUGUUACGACACUCUCCCCCAUUUCGUCCCCAUACACCAGUCUCCUCCAGCAGACAGAAGACCAGAUCCCUUCGUCCUUGGGGCCUUUCCUAAACCUUGGGCCUCCUCUUCUGGACCAAGAUGACUACCUUUUAGGUUUGGCAGAUGACCAGGGAAUCAGCGAUUUGUUUGAAGCCUAUGACUUUGAUAAAAUGCCCUCCUGCCUGGAUGACCUCCUGUGCAGCUAGCAUUAGCUAGCAGAAGUUCAGUUUGAGUGCAUGCGAGAGGGAUGGAGAAUCAGCAAGGGUUUCGAUGCCUGUGACUGACUUUAGUUAGUGGAAGCCAAUUUUAAAUAGAGAGGAAACAUUGAGGGCUUUUCUGGUCCCAGUGGGACUAAAUGCCAUGUUCUUUCAUGGUGUGAGAGAUGAAUGGCCUUGAAUGAUUUCACACAAAGACACGACUGGUCAGUGAGCAGACAUAACCAUUGCUCCUCGUCUCAGGCUAUGUAAGGCCUACAGUGUAGCUGAGCGUUGGGGGACAUAUGAAAGCCUUUGCUGUCUGUUUGGUUAAGCGUAAACGGUGAGCGGGGAAGGAUAUCCACCUCUCUGUGUGGUGCUGUCACUGCACAGAGAACAGCUUGAAAACAGCCUCACAUCACCUGGCAUUAACACACAUCCUGGGUGAUUGGGUUUAGCACAAAAUUCAAAUGAAAAUGCACAUGAGGAGCACAGAUACAGUCGCCCGAAACCGUCGGUAAAGUGCUCAAAAGCGGAGUGUUGUUUGCCAUUAAAUCAUGAAGGAUGCUUCAAAUAUGAGGAUUUGACAGGCCUGUAAAUCUGUGUUUCGGCAAGGGAGAGGAUAAACUGAUCCGCUAUCCGUUCUUAGUGACGCAUUUUCUUUUCUGUUGUCCAAAUUCAUCCAGGUAAUCCAUCCUGAGACAUAUCCAUACGUUUAAAGGAGUGUUAAUGCCAGGUGUUUCGAGGCAGAGGAGAUACUGAAGAAUUCUUAAUGAUUGCUUUCUAUUACACCAAUGAUCUGUGAUUGAAUGCUCAGACUGGUGACUGUUUUGUGGGAUUUUUUUUUUCUGUGUUAAAAUGUAGAGCAUUUUAAAAAUUAAAAUAAAUAUAAAAAGAAAACAGGGCAAUUUUGGUGCACAGUAUCCAUGACCACAGUGGUUGUGAAUUUACGGUUAGGUUAGGCUAGGCUGAGGCUUUGGUCACCUGUCUUGUUUCUGUGGCUGCUCAGACACCUGCCAGGUUAUUCUAUUGUAUAUUCAGGCUUCUAAUAAUAAAGUUACUAGGAGUAUGAGGAUUUAUUACAUUUAAGCGCCAUUUAGGUGAUUUGAGAGUGGCAUGAAUGACUGUUGUUGGUGUGCCCCCGAGUUAAUUUUCAAAUUUAAAGUAAACUGUAAAAUAGCAAUGGAAAAUAAUAGAGGGGUGUUCUCUAAAUACUCUUAAAGAAGACUGGCAUACAGUCUUUUAUAACCUGAUCAGCGUGUCAUCUGCUGCUCGAUGGGUCAGCCUCAUAUUUUUUUUUUUUUUACAGUGCAAUGACAAACGCAAAAAUGCUCAACAUGUAAAAAAAACCCCUGAUGUUUAAUCUUACAUAACCCAGAAAUUUUUCUUUUGUCGAUAACAGAGCCCUGAAAAGCCAUCUGCCCUGGGUAAUGUGGGGUUGAACAAAAACACCUGAUGUAGCCGUAUAAGUCUGGCCUGGUAGGACACAGGAUGUGCAAACUUGAAAAUCAUCUCUCUUAUUGAUGCUUUGUGAAUUCAGGACAGAAACUCCCUCUUUCUCGCUGCUUUUCACUUGUCGCUUCCAUCAUCAUCAGCAGAUGCUGCCAUAACAAAACUUCCCCUAAUGCCUCCUCAGUUAGACUGUGUGCUGUGAAAUUAUACUGUGGUUUGAACUUAUCAGAAAAUGUUUGACUUUGAACCACUCAAUGGACACUGCCUACUCAGUGUGUACUGAAAGCAGUGUAGGAGACAGGAUAGGUGAUUAUUAGUCUUUUUAGGUUUAAUAAGUGUUGAAUUUUAAUGGAUUUUAAUACUGUAGAAAUAACUAAUAAUAUCAUGGUCACCUAAGCAACAAAGGACCAGAUAUCCACCAAUUGACGCUGCAGCAUGUAAUGAAGGGCUUAUUUUCUGCUGUAACAGGAUAUUGGAAAAAAAUUAGAAAAAAGAAAAAAUGAUUAAAAAAAAAAAACUGAAGACCUUGGUUGUAAUUUAAGCAAAUUCAGUGCAGCCAAGUCUUGGUGUUGUGUUG